UCGGUCUCUAUGGUACCGGUUCCAGCAGUUUUGAAAAUCUCUUCAAGGCCUUGAAAUUAUACAACUCGUUUCAGAAAUGUCCAGGGAAAAUUCUCCAUAUAUUCAUAUUGAAAGAACACUCUUAAUUAUUAAGCCGGACAUUAUUAAUUAUGCAGAUAAAAUAGAAGAGCUUAUCUUACAAAAAGGAUUCUUGAUAAUACAGAAGAGACGCGUUCAUUUGACACCAGAACAAGCAAGCGAAUUUUAUGCAGAACAUUACGGGAAAAUAUUUUAUGCAACAUUAAUUGCCUACAUUAGCAGUGGUCCGAUAGAAGUACUAGUCAUAGCUAGAGAAAAUGCUAUAUCUAUUCUUCAUGAAUUAAUUGGUCCACAAAAUGCAUUUAAAGCUAAGGCGACGGCACCUGCAAGUUUAAGAGCUAUUUAUGGUACAGAUGAUCAACAGAAUGGAAUACAUGGAAGCGAUUCGUUUACAAGUGCUGAAAGAGAAAUCAGAUUCUUCUUCCCAGAUAUGAUCGUUGCACCGAUCCCCGUAAGACUUGCAGCAAAAGAUUACUUAGUUCGGAAUGUAAACCCAACUUUACUAAAAGGUUUGACAGAACUGUGCAAACAAAAACCUAAGGAUCCAGUACUUUGGCUGGCCGACUGGCUGCUGGAAAAUAAUCCAAAUAAACCUCAUCCCAUCGAUAUGGUCACCUCUUGAAACACUAAUAAGAAAAUUUUAAAGAACGUAUGAAGGAUUAUGAGAGUGCAGAGUUUUCAUAAGAACCUAUAGUCAUAUCUGAAAAUAAACAUAUACUUCGUUUUGUUAAA